AUGGAUUUGAGAAAUCAAGAAGAGCAGAUAAGUAAGUGGCUGGAAGAAGUGGAAGAUAAAGAGGAGGGUUCGAAUGAUUCGGUCUCAGAGACGGAGGAUAACGUGGAGGAAGAAAUAGAUAUCAACACCUCUGAUUCCGAAUUCUCAAACGGAUCUUCAGAACCUGAGGAUGACAUCAUACGACCAAGUAAGAGACAAAGAACUCAAAUUGUAGACUUUGAUGACUCUUUAGAGUAUAUUCAUGAAACUAGAAUUAGUUUCAUGAAUAUAAAACUCCUAACCUCAAACUUCAAACCAAGAUCAGCUACUACUCGUACUCUGAGACGGAACAUCGUACAUUUUAUACCAGGUCCAAGAGGAGAAGCUAGGGAAUUACAGGAAUCAAUAGAUUUAUUUUGGCCUUUCAUGAUUGAUGAUAUGCUGCAACAAGUUGUGACAUUUACCAAUGCAGAGAUUAUUACUCAAAGGAAUAGAUAUAAACAGGAGUCUUAUACCGUUUCACAGACUAAUUUGUUAGAAAUUAAAGCUCUGCUUGGUUUGUUACUGAUCGCCGCAGCUAUGAAGAGCAACCAUUUGCCAACUUGCAUGCUAUUCAAUCCUCAACGAUCAGGCACAAUUUUUAAAGCUUGUAUGAGUGCAGAAAGAUUCAAUUUUCUCAUUAAAUGUAUGCGAUUUGACGAAAACAAACAAGAAAUGACAGAAGAAAAGAGGACAAGUUCACACAUAUACGUGAACUGUGGCAAAAUAUGA